AUGGAUAAGACAGCGGACUUGAUCCAGCCGGAGGACCGCUUGAGAAUGUCACGAAUUCCGAGCUCGUCAUUCUCGAUAGAGAACCUUAUAGCAAACACCGCGGAAAACAAGCAGCGAACAGGUUCUCCGUCGGCAUUUGAUCGAUCCAGACUAGCCGCCGGUGAGGUGGGACCAUACCUCGUUGGUGGUUAUAAUGCGGCCAUGCUAUCAUUCACAAAUUUUCCCUUGUAUAAUCCUUGGGUAGGAUAUCUGUCGCAAACGGCCAACGAAAAACUAUCUCAAUUAUUUGUAAGUGCCGCAAGUGGUGAUAAGCGUGUUCAUAAAUCACCAGCACCAAGUGAGUCCAGUGAACUAGGUCGUGAAGGUCCUGCCAAUAGCAACGACGGCUAUUCUGUCCAAAGUGGUGAUAAAUCGUCAAUAAAUGUGAACCUCUCAAAGUCAUACUCCGGUCUGGCAGCUUACGGAGCGCCGAGUCUGGAAGCAGCGGCGCAAUAUUUUGCCAACACUCGAAGAUCCUUUUAUCCGUUGGCGGAAUUCGGUGAAAGUGGUAAUGCUAGUGAUGAGAAAAUCAAUAAUGACCCUACUGGUCCAAGUGCCGACAUCAGUGACGGUGUGGGAAGAAAAGUUUAUCUUAGGAAUUUUAACAGUGACCUGGUGGUGACCAAUCGGAACAGUUUGGAUGCGCAUGAUUCGGAUUCGCGGCAGUCCUAUUUGAACAUUGAUCGCGAUGACGAUGAGCUGCAGACGAGGGUCGACGCAGGAGCGGAAAGCAACGAUGACGGGUCCUAUAGUGACGAUAUCAGUUUGUCACUGUCACCGGCUGGUUGUGGGAAAAAUGCUGACUUGGAUGAAUCCGACUCGGAACCAUGUUCGGACGACGAACGGGACUCGGGCCAUCCGAAGGCAGCCGGCGACGGCACGACCGGCGGUUCCGGAAGCGCCGACAAUUGCUCAAAAUCGCGCCGGAGACGAACUGCCUUCACCUCGGAACAGCUGUUGGAGCUCGAACGGGAAUUUCAUGCCAAAAAAUACCUAAGCCUUACGGAGCGAAGUCAAAUCGCCACCAGUUUGAAGUUGAGUGAAGUUCAAGUUAAAAUCUGGUUCCAGAACCGACGGGCAAAGUGGAAGCGGGUGAAAGCUGGACUCAAUUCGCAUGGAUUGGCUAAUAGGGGGACCAGUGGCGCUGCGGCCAGUACGAAAAUUGUAGUUCCUAUACCGGUACACGUUAAUCGUUUCGCGAUUCGGUCACAGCACCAACAGAUGGAGAAGAUGAACCUGGUUGGACCGAAAGCGGAACUACGUAAGGACCUGGGUAUGGAGGCGAGCAGUUUCGAGCGGUUCGGCAUGAACAAGCUGGGACCUAAACCGGCGGGUGGAUUUUGA